AUGGCAGUCCAUUAUGCACUAGUAGCUCGAGGACAACAAAUCCUAUCGGAAUACUCUCCAAUUGAAGGUGAUUUCGCCACAACAGCCAGGUCUCUUCUAAAAUCGACAGAAGCUUCAUCAGUAUUCAAAACAUAUACACAGGGCAAUAAAACGUAUAACUUUUUUACUAAUGACAAUAUCACUUACCUAUGCUACGCAGACCUUGGCAUUGGCAGAGAUCUUGCACUGCAAUUUCUAAAUGAAAUGCAAAGAUCAUUCCCAAAAUACGCCAAUAAAGCUGGCACUUUUGCAGAGUUUCAGAAGAAAUUGAUAUCUCAAUACUCUCCAGAAAGGCUUCAUGAAGUGGACAAAUUAAGCGGCGUUGAACGAAAUUUAAAUCUUGCAGUAUAUUAUUUAACGUUAAUUAUUAUUAAAUUUAUAUCAGCUGUUUCUAUAUAGAAUUUUCCUAUGGAUGGCGCUGUUUGGCCUUGAUUUUUCCCACUGAAAAAAUUUUUUGGUUUGACCAAACCAUAUAGUACUGGCCGAACCAAAAAAUUUUCCCAGUGACAAAAUUAAGGCCAAACAGUGCCAUCCAUGGGAAAAUUCUAUAUUAAAUCCGAAGAUUAUUCAUUGAAAAGAGAAUAGAAUCUACCAAAAACAAUCUUGAUAAAGUUAUUAUGAGAGGCACUCAUAUGAAAACACUGAUUAAAAAAACUGAUGAACUGAGCUUCGGGCUAAGCAAGUUUAGUAACACUGCAAGAAGUAUACAAAGGAGAGCGUGGAAGCAAAAAUUAAAAGCUUUAAGUUUGAUUUUUAUUAUUGGAAUUAUCGCAAUUUAUAUGUUUGCUAUGUGGAUUGCUGCAGAUCAAGCUGAAUAA